GCGGAUUGGUCAUAUACAUCUGUUUUAUAUCUGAUAAAACAUAUGAGCUGGCACACCAUCGUCUGCGUUCUAUGAUCUAUAUCAACACGAAUCACGAGGUGUUCGCGCGGUCAGUGAAUUCCAUGGGACGCAAACGUCACCGUACCGCAUUCGUCGGGCGCUUCGGCUUUUACCGCUAAACUUGCCGGCCCGGUCGGAGCGUCGACAGCGGACCGCAUCUCCAUUCGUCCCCGGUGAACCCAAAUCGAAACGUGGUUUGGCUAUCGGGACUCCGCUCCACCUCACGCUCCCGCGACCCAUUGUCGAUCGUCCCUUCCCGUCAUGAUUAGAUGGAACCCACAUAUUCCACGGUUGAGAUGCGCGAAGGCGAGUUGCUUUGCGUACGGCAAAGGAUCCCGACUUGCUCGCUCGCGCUUCUUCUUCUUCUUCUUCUUCUGUUGUGACGUUCUUUGGUGUGUGGAGCCAAUUACAUCAUCAUGGUGGACGCUCCUCUGGCAUCAGUGGCAGACCAAUUAAUUGUAAUAAUGGAUGGUGGAAGAACCACUCUGAAUCCAUCAUUGGAUCGCCCACACAAUACUCGUUGACUGCGGUGGACCUGCACAUUAGCAAGUGACGCACCCCUCCAUUGCUGAUCAGGAAACGCAUCUAGAUUUCCUACCAACCCAGGGACCUCCCACCCAUCGGACGAGUCCCACGCGACCCCGCGGCUGGAACGAACAACGAAGCAGGUACGUGAGCGGGUAGAAAUGUAAAUACGUCAGCGACAGUUCUGAUCUCAGCCGUUCGAUGAAUGCGAACCCCCGCGUCGACGGGGGUGAAGAUGUCGUCUUCCCUCUUCUUCGUUGCAACUACGCAGUGCAAGGAGGACCCUCCCGUUGGGAUCCUCUCCAAGCAGUCAACGGAUCAUUUUACGAUGCCGCAACUAUUCACGGUCGAGAUGUGGUUAACAGAUCCUGUCGUACGUGUAGAAUCGGAGAGGAUCCACGCCCCAUCAAGCUCUCGUCCGGGUUGCGGAUUUUUCGCACUGGCGACCAAAAUCUUCCCGAGGAUCCUUUUUUCUUUCCCUUCGCCUGCGUCCUCCGCGCCCCAUCCUAAGCGGGCGAUUAAAGAUCUCGAUUCGGUAGAGUCUCCGGUUACCAAAACACCACCGACUUUGAUCGCUAUCUCAACCGCAUCGUCGUCGUUGCAGGAUAAUGUGGAAGAUCGACAGCGUUGCAUAGGGUUUAUGGGUUCUGUUCUUUGCUGUUUGGGCGUGGAUGAUUCGGAAGAGGAAGAGCAUCACCGGGGGCCUGCUUGCGAUCUCAGAUGCUUGAUUCUGCGCAGCCUGAAUGUUUAUGAUCUUAAUCCUCGUCGAGAACGACGCAUUCAACCUUCAUCUGAUCAGGAGUCAACUCCCGCAUCUCCUGCUUCACCGGAAGACGAUUCUGCAGCGGGUGCACAUUGUUCUCCCGAUGAUCCUACAUGCUGCGCGUCCAACAAGGCUUCAGGGCACCUCCAUGGCAGGCGAGCCUCAUCCGAACUGAACUGUGAUGGAAGAUUCAAUCACUCAGCAGCGGCACACAUUUACGCUAUCUCCGAAGACGAAGAUGUUUGUCCAAUUUGUCUUGAAGAGUACAGAGAUGAAAAUUCUCGGACUACGCUGCAAUGCACUCAUCAUUUCCACAUGAGUUGUAUGUAUGAGUGGAUGGAAAGAAGUGAAACAUGCCCAGUCUGUGGCAGGAUGAUGCUUCUUGUUGAGGACACAUGAGCUUGCUGUUCAAAGAAGUCGGCUGGCUACUAUUCACAGGGAGAACAGGAAGUUACAUGGGAAAUACAUCACCAUCCUCAUCAUCACAAUUGUCUUUGUUAUCAUCU